AAACCAUACAAGUGGAAGUGUGGGUUAGAACAGAGGGGAGCUACAAUGCCCAUGGCUCCGCCUCAGCAUGAGCAGAGACACACUGUGCAGUUUUUGUACAUUAUUGUAAAAUCUGUCAGACCAUAAUCGGGUAAUCCUCUGCUACGAAUUCUUCUUUAGCGGUUUGGCAGCAAAAGCAUAUCUCCGCUGCAGAUCUCAAGGCAAUGAUGGAGACGACCACAGCUCUUAAUGGCAGUGCAGACAAUGAAACUGGACUAAACAACGAUGACCACCUUGCCAGGGUGAUGGUAUCUCUGCACAACAUGACUAUCUUUAUUUACUCCCUGGCCUUUGUUCUUGGUGUGUUAGGAAAUGGAGUGGUUAUUUGGAUGACCGGCUUCAAGGUGAAAAAAACAGUUAACACAGUUUGGUUCCUCAACCUUGCUGUGGCUGACUUCCUCUUCACUGCAUUUCUGCCUGUGGGUGUGACGUACCUGGCUUUGAACCUCCAUUGGCCUUUUGGCAAAUUCAUGUGCAAACUGUAUGCCAUUAUAUCCUCCUUGAACAUGUUUGCCAGUGUCUACAUCCUGGUGGUGAUCAGUGUGGACAGAUGUGUGUCUGUGAUGUGGCCUGUCUGGGCUCAGAAUCAUCGCAAUGUACGCAAUGCGUCCUACGUGUGUCUGGGUGUUUGGGCACUGGCUCUAAGCCUAAGUGCUCCAUUCUCUGUCUUCAGGGACACUGCACCAUCAUCUUUUGAUGAAGAGGUCAUAUACUGCUUCAACAACUUUGCUCUUUCUGAUGACUUCAAGACACAAUCUGUGAAUCUGCUGCGAGAGUUUCGUCAACAGGCCAUGACCAUCACCCGCUUCCUCCUGGGAUUUGUUGUCCCCUUCACUGUCAUUGUGUCGUGCUACGCUGUGAUCAUCCACCAUCUCAGGAGGAACCGCAAUCUGGCCAGCCACUCAAGUCGCCCCUUUAAGAUCAUUGCUGCCGUUAUCACCACCUUUUUCCUGUGCUGGGCUCCGUUUCACAUCAUGGCUCUAAUUGAGAUCUUCAGUCGCACAGGUGUUGCUCCAAGUGAUACUUUUAUCUAUUUCUUUGUUAUCGGUACUCAAUUAGCCACCAGCAUAGCCUUUCUCAACAGUUGCCUGAACCCACUGCUGUAUGUGUUCAUGGUCAAAGAUUUUAAAGAUAAAAUCCGUACAUCCAUCCAGAAUGUGUUGGAGGCUGCCUUCCAGGAAGAGGAGACUCACUCUCACACUGACACAAAGUCAACAGACACUAGUCAGAGCAACAAAAACACAGCUAAUAGUGAGGUGUAAGGGUGUCCAUGGAAUUAAAAAACGAAUUCUGAAACUAUGCAUUAACAAAUCUAUAUAUUUCCUUGUUGUCUUUCUACUGAGACCCUCAGUACGAUUGUAUGUUUGGAUCUGAUGUGAGUAUUACUGUUGUUAAUGUUACCAGAGCGCCUGCAUGCUUUUUAACAUCACCCACAGUAUUUAAAAAAUAGCAAGUCUAUAAGGUAUUAUAACCAAACGUCAACAAUUUUAAAAAAUGUAAUUAAACUUCUUGACUUUCUUCUCCCACAUGCACAGCAGAUUUUGACAUAUACAAGGUAUACAAUAGCAUUUAUUCAUGAAACAGCAUGAUUAAAAGUGUACCCUGACUGCAGUGAUCAGUUUGGGUACAUAUCCUAUUGAGUAGAGAAUCUCAUUUGACUUACAGAAGUGUCAAUUCAAAGCUAAAUAUUGCCAUGAUGAAUUUAUUUUUUCAUAAACCCCUAAUUAAAAAUCCAUAUUAUGAUGUUUGAUCUUAAAGUAGAUUUAUUUUCCUUACAAUAUCUUCAAAUAUUUAUGGCUCAUAUUUGAUGUUUCUAUUUUUCUAUAUCAAAUGUUUCUGCAAGAAAUUGUUUGUUUAUGAGAGGCAUAAAAAAAAUCUGUGAAAGCUAUGUAACUGAAGUUGUUUUAACAUUUAAUGGUUACAUUUGUCAGUCCUGAAUUAACAUUACAACAUUGUCAUUUUGUAGGUACAAUAUGAAGUCACCUAUAACUUGAUAAUCGAUAUCCACAAUUAUAUUAUGCCUAUCCAUAAUUCCAGCUUGGCACAUCUAUAACAAUUUUGAUCUCACAUAAAUUAAAAAAUUAAAAUUAAAAGACAAUAUAAAAUUGGAAUUAUGGAUAGUCAUGAAAUUGUGGAUAUCUAAUAUAUUUAUUUUAAGUGGGAAGAAUUAAAUAAUGUCUAUGUCAAAUAUAUAUCCAGAAUAGCUUUAACAGCUUUGAGAUUUGUAAACAAAAGUUCUUUUAAUAAGUUCUGUACAUAUACACUUAAAGGUGGAAUGCUGCCCUCUGCAGUUCCAUUGUCUUAAUAACAGUUUGAAGCUCUUUUUCACAGUUCAAAGUUCUAUUUCAAUCUUAAUCUCGCCAUCCUUCCUUCUAAAAAAUGUUUUAUUUUUUUAUUCACUUAAAUAACAAAGACAAGCUUAUUAAGAGGCAGGAAAAUUCUUUGCUUAAUAACAGGAGAAAUCCACAUAAAGCAAUAUAUAAUUACUAGAACAUUUAUAUAAGGGGGUACAGAACAUUGUCAACAUUUACGUUUAUAAAUAAAAGUGUGAAAAGACUAUUUCUUCUGUUGGAAAAAACUGCUUGUAUUAAUUUGUGAUGGGAAUCAGUAUCGGUCAGUAUCGUAUUCAUCCGACAGGACAAAUAAAAAGGUAAAAUCCAAUACAAUGCAAAAAUCCUAUAUGUCACAUGCUUCAUUAUGCACAGACUGUUAAAAUGUAAAUAAAAACCAGCAAAAACA